AUGGCACCGGGAUUGAGGACACUUUGUCACCAAGAGCGGUUCUAUUUGGACACGUUGGCCAACGCAAAGCAAUUUGUUUCUGGUUACGACGCAGAGCAACACAGAGGGCAACUAGCAGGAUGGAAGCAACGGAUUGAUGGCUUGGAUGAGAAAUUUCAUGCCAAUCGCCUGGCCAUUGAAUUAUCGUUCGACGAUGAAGAUGAAGAUGAGCAGGAAGAAGAUGAAGUUAAGGUUGCAGAAAAGGAAGCGGAGAAGGCUGCCGCUCAAGAAAGCAAUCGGCUUAUUCGGCAGAAAUUCGAACUUGAUUACGUUUUGGUCUACAGCUUCUUGGCUAACGAAAUUAAAAGGCAUGCAUCGUGUUCCCAACCUAACCUCAACCAACAUCCACCUAUUCAGUCGCGGGUCAAUCUGCCUAAUGUGAAACUGCCAAGUUUUGAUGGCACCAUUUCGGAAUGGAUCACUUUUCGCGAUUCAUUCAAAUCGCUUAUCGACUCCAAUGCUGAUUUGUCGCAUUUCGAUAAAUUUUCCUACCUUAUGACGUCUCUGACGAAAGACGCGAGGAAGGUGAUCGAAGCUAUAGAGCUUACAGCUGCCAAUUAUCCUGUCGCCUGGCAGCUGCUUGAAAAUAGGUUUGAGAAUAAGAAGCUUAUCUUCAAGACAUACAUGGACGCUCUAUUUUCGAUUGAGCCCAUGAAACGGGAAUCGUAUGAAUCGUUGACGCGGUUGGUCGACGAGUUCGAGCGAAACCUAAAGAUGAUUGACAAAAUGGGAUUCUUAACGGAGAACUGGAGUCCGGGAAAUCCUCCGAAUCAGUCCUUCUCGCAAACUCACUCGCCAUCGUCGUCGUCAUCGUCUGGAUCCCAACAGCCCUCUGCCACUAGCCUUGUGUCCACCAACGUCGUCGGAGUUCCUUCUGUUCCUGCUACUGUGCUGCUGCAGACGGCAAUCAUCAAGGUGUUCGCUUCGAAUGGACAACCCCAGUGGGCCAGAGCCCUGUUAGAUCCAGCGUCGCAGUUGAACCUGAUCACCGAGAACAUCGUCCAAAGGCUGAAGUUGCGCCGCUACCACUGUCAUCAGGAGAUUGGGGGUGUAGGCAACUCUGUAAUCGUUUCGUCCUACGCUGUUCACGUUCAGAUGGCGUCUCACUGUACGGACUUCAAGGCUGUUCAAUCGUUUCACAUCUUGAAAAAUAUCACCCAAGAUCUUCCUACUAGAACUCUUGAUACCUCUACAUUGCAACUUCCACCAAACGUUGUCCUAGCAGACCCGAAGUUCUUUGUGCCGAGUUCUAUCGAUAUACUCCUCGGCAUGGAACUAUACUACGACUUGCUGCUAGAUGGAUUCGCGAAGCUGGGUCCUGAAAAGCCGAUCCUCCAAAACACCGUCUUCGGUUGGGUAGCGUCAGACAAAAUAGGUUCCGGACAGUGCGACUCAACUCCAAAGGUAGCCCACGUAUGCAGUGACCAGUCUCUCGAUUCACUAAUCACUCGUUUCUGGGAAGUCGAGUCAUGUUGGUCAGCAAGUACCCAGUCUGCGGAGGAAGUCGCAUGUGAAGAACAUUUUGUCGCAAACACAUAUCGGGAUGAUUCGGGACGGUUCGUAGUCACCCUUCCCAAGCAUACAUCUAUUCUGUCCCAACUCGGAGAUUCCAAGCAGAUUGCCACUAGAAGAUUUCUCGCCUUAGAACGUCGUCUCGAUGCAAAUCCUCCGCUGAAGCAAGCCUACACUAACUUUAUCGAUGAGUAUCUUCAGCUGGGUCACAUGCGAGAAGUCAACGAUUCCACAUGUUCACCUGCUGUCCCGUCCUAUUACCUACCACAUCACGGAGUAGAGAAAGCGGACAGCACAACCACAAAACUACGCGUCGUAUUCGACGGCUCCUGUCGGACGGACAGUGGAGUUUCGCUGAACCAGGCACUGAUGGUUGGAUCAGUUGUCCAGGAUGACCUCUUAGCCAUACACCUUCGCUUUCGUAUGAAUCGUAUUGCCCUGAUUGCAGAUAUCGAAAAGAUGUACCGUCAGCUUCUCAUUCAUCUUUUGGACUACCCACUCCAGCGUAUUCUCUGGCGCAGAUCGUUAUCAGAACUGAUACGCACCUACGAACUCAUGACAGUCACCUAUGGUACUGCGUCAGCCCCGUUUUUGGCUACUCGAUGCCUAAAAGAGCUGUCUAAACAAGGUGCUGAAGAUUUUCCACUGGCGUCGCUAACGUUGGCAAAAGAUUUUUAUGUGGACGAUAUGCUGACAGGUGUCUACGACGAAGAAGAAGGAGAAGAACUCUGCAAGCAAUUACUGGCGCUUCUGAAGUCCGCCGGUUUCAGCCUUCGCAAGUGGGCAUCAAAUUCAACUGAAGUCCUCUCGAAAAUUCCCAUUGAACUGCGUGACGAACGAUCAGUGUUAGCCCUGGAUUCACCCUCUACUUCGAUCAAAACUCUCGGAAUCCAAUGGCAGCCCUCCUCGGACACGUACAGCUACGCAGUUCCCGAAUGGUCAACUCGAAUUGUAAUUACUCGGCGUGUCGUAGCCUCUGAUCUUGCCAAACUGUUUCUUCCUCUUGGAUUGCUCGGUCCUGUCGUAGUUCUGGCCAAAAUCUUCGUACAAUCACUUUGGCAGACUACUACUUCGUGGGACGAACCACUGACACCCAAGCAACAGCAAUAUUGGCGGGAAUGGCGCGACAGCUUAAUCGACUUGCCACUGAUAUCCAUCCCACGAUGGGCCGCGUUCGCACGAGAUCCUGUCCUCGUCGAGUUACACGGAUUCUGCGACGCAUCUGAACGCGCAUACGGUGCCUGCGUCUACUUGCGGACCGUAUCUAUCGACGGAAGCAUCUCCGUCAGACUACUGUGUGCUAAAUCGAGAGUGGCACCUAGCGGAAAGUCGAAGAACUCGGUUCUGCUCACACUGCCGUUGCUAGAGCUCUCAUCGGCACUUCUUUUGGCUCAUCUGUACGACAAGGUCAGCUUGAGCAUAAGCCUAAAGACAAAGCCCUUCUUCUGGACAGACUCCAUGAUAGUGCUUUGCCAGAUUCGUUCACCACCUGCUCGAUGGAAGAAGUUCAUCGCCAAUCGUGUGUCGGAGAUCCAGCGUCUUACCGCUGGAGGUAUCUGGUCACAUGUUCCCGGUUCCGAGAAUCCAGCGGACAUUAUUUCACGUGGUAUGAAUCUUGCGGACCUGAGAAAUACACCUGCCUGGUGGAUUGGAGCUCAGUGGCUGAAUCAACCAUCUCGCUUCUGGCCACCGAUCAAUCAACCAAUUCCUGACAAUCUACCAAACAUCGCCCAAGCGGAACGUCCGAUAUCGCUGCCGGUACAAGCAGUACCACCCAACGAACUCUUUGAACUUCGUUCUUCAUUUCCUCGUCUGGUGCGGCUAGUCACCUAUCUACGCCGUUUCCAACACAACGUUUCGUACCAGAACCGCAACAACCGAAAAACUGGACAUCUCACCACGUUCGAGCUGAAUGACACUACACAGUUUCUCGUUCGGAUCGCUCAGCAAGAAUCAUUUGCCCGAGAGUUGUCUGAAAUCAGCACCAGUGGACAUGUUAGCUCUCGCUCCGAGCUCAAAAACCUUUCACCAAUUCUGAUCAACGGGAUCCUGCGUGUGGGUGGACGUCUGCGGCAUGCUGCCAUUUCGGAAGACAGAAAACACCCAAUGAUCCUGCCCGCUCGUCACACGCUCACAGAACGAAUAUUGGUCCACUACCACGAAAAACAUCUCCACGCAGGGCCGCAACUGCUCGUCGCCUGUGUUCGAGAAAAGUUUUGGCCACUUCGAAUCCGUAACCUGGCACGGAAGGUGGUGCAUUCCUGUGUGAAUUGCUACCGCUGCAAGCCCAACAACCUCGAGCAGUUAAUGGGUGAUCUCCCACCUGAGCGAGUCACGCCAACGCUGCCAUUCCUCAACACUGGAGUUGACCUGUGCGGACCGUUCCAGUACCGCAAUUCACCGCGAGCAUCAGCGGUCAAAUGCUAUGUAGCUAUUUUCGUGUGCCUUGUCACAAAAGCUACCCACGUAGAGCUCGUCUACGACCUUAGCACGGCCGCGUUCCUGGCUGCACUUCAUCGAUUUACCGCUCGCAGAGGGACGCCGAAGCUCAUCGAAUGCGAUAACGCCAAGAACUUCAAGGGAGCAGCGAAAGAAUUGGCAAAACUACGAAGGCAAUUCUACGACCAACAACACCAAGCAGCAGUGAUCAACCACUGUGCAGACGACGGCAUUGCGUUCAAAUUCAUCCCGCCCCGCAGCCCGAACUUUGGUGGCUUGUGGGAGGCGGCAGUUAAAUCCUUCAAGAAGCACUUGCGGGCUACCAUCGGAAAUUCUGUGCUCUCCCAAGAUGAAUUCAUUACUCUGCUGGCUCGUAUCGAAGCUUGCCUAAAUUCCAGACCGUUAACUCCACUCUCUGCUGAUCCUAACGAUCUGGAAGUCCUUACUCCGGGUCACUUUUUAAUACAUCGACCACUUACCUCAUUUCCUGAACCCGACCUGUCCGAGAUCCCAAAAAACCGCCUCGACCGUUGGCAGGAGAACAACGAACUUCUCCGACGCAUUUGGAAGCGUUGGAGCACCGAUUAUCUCUCUGGCCUACACCCACGUACGAAAUGGACUCAACAGCGGGACAACAUCGACGUCGGCACUCUAGUGCUGCUCAAGGAGAACAACCUUCCACCCCUGAAGUGGAAGUACGGCCGAAUCACCCGUGUCUACCGUGGCGAGGAUAACAACAUCCGUGUAGCCGUCGUGCGGACGGCCGACGGGGAGUACACACGGUCCAUCUCCAAGAUAUGCGUCCUGCCGAUACGCCAACCCACAACGGACGUCGCUAGUCCGGCCAACCCAAACUCAGAGCAAUGA